AUGAGUGCAGCUGAAGAACCAUCCAUGGUGGAGUUAGACAGCACGCUAACCAUAGAAGAAAAGAUUGCUCGCAUCGACUUUGCACCUUAUGGCCUCAACCCACCCCGUACACACCCUCGUGCAACUGAGGUCAUCGUGGUUUUGGAAGGUACUCUUUACGUCGGCUUCGUGACCUCCAACACCGACAACCGUCUCUUCACAAAGGUUUUGUACCCAGGAGAUGUGUUUGUGUUCCCACAGGGUCUCAUUCACUUUCAAUUUAAUAAUGGAAAGACUAAUGCAGUAGCUCUUGCUGCCCUAAGUAGCCAAAACCCCGGAACCAUCACAGUUGCUAAUGCAGUGUUCGGGUCAAAUCCAAGGAUUUCUGAUGAUGUUCUUGCCAAGGCAUUCCAAGUGGACAAGAAGGUGGUAGACUAUCUUCAAGCUCAAUUUUGGUGGCCCAGCAACUAGAGAAAGAAAGAAUGGAGAACCUAUGAAUCUAUUAUUUGUUAAACUUUAAAUAAAUAUGAUGCAAUAAUUAAUAAUUGCCUUGGUUGUGGAUGAUAUUCUUAAAAUUGUUUUCCUAUGAUUUUACAAUAAUGAAGUUUGUUAGUAGUA